CGAGACGCUAGCAAGCAGCUUUGGUCGCAGCGCCAGAGUGCUGCCAAACAAAGGCCCAGCGCUGCUCCGGACAUCCAAAGUAUUCGACCCAUACCGCCACAAGACCGCACGCCACGGAAACGCCGAGCCAGAGCCCCUCCCCCAGCCCUGCAGCAAAAUGCCACCGGCCAAGGUGCUCUGCCUCACGACGGGCGGGUCAUUGGACAAGACCUAUGAUGGCGUCUCCUCCUCAUUCAUAGUAGGAGCGCCGACGGCGAAGCGCUGCUUGAGAAAUGUGCAGUGUGCCCACAACGUCGAGUACGCCGAGGUCUGUCGCAAGGACUCUUUAGAGUUAACAAAAGGUGAUCGGGAAGUCCUCGACGCCGCCGUGAGGGCCGCGCCCCAACAAUACAUCGUCAUCACGCACGGCACGGACACGCUGAACGUGACGGCGAAGGCCUUGCAGCGCACCGCGAUAGCGACGGGCAAGACGGUAGUCUUAACGGGCGCGAUGAAGCCGUAUGCCUUCAUGGAGAGCGACGGCCCGUUCAAUCUAGGUGCCGCGUUUACCGUGGUCACGUUAUUACCGCCGGGUUGCCACGUCGUCUUUCACGGGAAAGUGUUCAGUGAUCCGGAGUUGAUAGUCAAAGAUGUCAAAAAUGAUCGCCUCGUCGAGAAGGUCGCGAAAUCAAUCCCAGACGUGCCCGAGGGCAUCUGCGCGUAUUUUGCGGCGGGAAAACGGUGCAAGUUCGGGGCGAAGUGCCGCGACCGGCACUGCGCGGCGGACGCUGAUGAUAGGCCGCCGACGCCGCCGACGCCUUCUACGCCUUCUAUGCCGUCGAAGGGCCGCGGGCGGGGGCGCGGGCGCGGACGGGGUCGCGGGGGGCGCGGGCGGGCCCGGGGACAGGCAUGA